GUAUAAACAACUACAGACACUGUAGACUAUAUACACAUAUAUGAUAUUCACAUGGAAUUAGUUCAACAGGGGUAGGAUUUAAUAAGCAUUUGCUUCCUCCAACCCCUUUUGAAUCUGGAAAUGGCUGAAUUUCACUUCUAGGCUGUUUUUUUUUUAAUUGUAUAAUCUCAUUUAUGAAGCUUGCAUGAUGUGUUUUCAUUUUGUGCUUGUUUUUUCUGUUUAAUAACCUUUAUGUCUUACAUGUUUGAAAUAAAUAUUGCAUUUAUUGAUCGUCAUUUAAGACUGCCACAAAGCAGCUUCAAUGAAAUGUUACUUGUUAAAUAAAAGUAACUGCGGAUGCUUACUCUAUAUAGCAUACUAUGCUUGUUUUUUUUCCACUGAAGGAAAAAAAAUAUAUUGCAUUUUUUCCAUAUAAAAGGGAACUCCCUCUUAUGUCAACAGCAAUCCUUCCAAUCAAAUUAUGAGACAAGAAGACUUGGAACCGCCCUCAAAGCUGAAAUGAACUCAGAUCAAAUUUUUUGGUUUUAAUAGUAUUAAAAUGUCUUUAAGGUGACUAGUAGCUUUUAAGACAAAUUAACCACUAACCAACCAGUAAAGUGAGGUCUGAGGUUAGCCCCGCCCCCUUUGGGCUGCGUUACCUGCUCAGUCACCAUCACCUGCACCAGCGCUCCUCCUACAGCUGCUGUUUUUCUCAGCAGUGACUGCUCACAACAGGAGGCUCGUUUAAAGCGUCGGACUUUUUUAAAGCAAAGCUUGUCGACCGUUUUUCUGCGGAGUAAUCUUUCUUCCAGAGGCUCUGCGUAGAUUUGAGGAUGGCCGGCUGACGGAGGCGCUUUCUGAACCCACGUGUGUCAGCUUUAAUAUACAGCCCGAAAAACUGCUCUGUAGAUGCCUAAAAUCAUGAGUGCCCCAGGACCUCUGUCGAGGCAAGCCAAUGGAGUGGCCAGAUCGGACAGCAAGCUGAGCGCUAAGGCCCUCUAUGAACAGCGGAAAAAGUACUCCAACUCAAAUUUCAUCAUGCAAGAGACGUCACAGUAUCACGUUGAGCAUCUCUCUACGUUUGUUAUGGACAAGACAGAAUCCAUCGUCACUAUUGACGAUGCUAUCAAGAAACUGAUUCUUCUGGACUCGAGAGGUAAAAUCUGGACACAGGAGAUGCUACUCCAGGUUACAGACAAGGCGGUCAAACUUCUUGAUUGUGACACUCAGGAAGAACUGGAGAACUUCCCUGUCACCACAAUCCACCUUUGUCAGACGGUGCUGAAUCAGACACGCUACCCAUCUGUGCUGCUGCUCGUGUGUCAGGACAAGGACCAACACAGGCCAGACAUCCAUUUCUUCCACUGUGACGAGGUGGAGGCUGAGAUGGUUCACGCAGACAUAGAUAGUGCCCUAGGAGACAACAAACAUGGACAAAAAAUGAGACUUGAAACCCUUAGGGUAAACCAGGAAAAAAUGAAGCAUCAGAGAGAAACCAUCCUCCCUCCCUCAUCCCCAAGGGGCCCACCACCUGUUGCAAAUCGACGAGUGGCAGCCGCUGCAAGCCCUUACGAUAACCAACUUGCUGGACCGUAUGAUGCUGAGUCACAGGAAAAGCUGGCGCAGCGCAUCGAGAAGGAUGUGCAAAUCCUCAACUGUUCUCUGGACGACAUAGAGAUCUUUGUUGGGCGGCUGCAGAAGGCAAUAGAGGCGUUUUCCCAGCUCAACCAACGCAACAAGAGUAAGAAGAACAAGAAGAAAGGACCAGCAGAGGGCAUGCUGACCCUGCGGGCCAAGCCCCCCAGUGAAGCAGAGUACAUUGACAGCCUGCAGAAACUGAAGCUGGCCCUCAACCUCUUGGCCAAACUGAAGAAACAUAUUCAGAACCCAAGUGCUCCUGAGCUGGUUCAUUUCCUAUUUGGACCUCUGGAGCUGGUGCUGCAGACCUGUGGAAGUCCUGACCUGUUACGUUCAAUCAUCGCUCCUCACCUUUCGAAGGAUGCUGUCAACUUCCUGCGGGGACUCCUCUCCCCUAAAGAGAUGACUUUGUUUGAGCUGCUUGGUGACGGGUGGACCAAACCCAGGGCAGAGUGGCCCAGAGAUCAGUGCGCUCCUACUUAUUUCCCCAAGUUUCGAAAUGGAUGGGAGCCACCUGUGGAGCUUUUCUUAACGGCUCCAUGGGAAACUGAGGGACCAUCUGGACCAAUUGGGUCUCCCACAAGCCCGGACUACAGAAAACACUCGCCUGAUGAUUAUUACAGCAAUCUUUCCCCAUCAAAUGGGAUGCCCAUCAACCGCAAAUAUGCCAAAAUCCUUUACAAUUUUGUGGCGCGGAAUCCUAACGAGCUGUCAGUGCUACAGGAUGAAAUCCUUGAGGUGUUAGAAGAUAACAAACAGUGGUGGAAACUACGGAAUCGCAGCGGGCAAUCCGGCUAUGUCCCAUUUAACAUCCUGGAUGUUGUAAGGAUAGAUGAGCCAGAUGAUCCCUACAACCAGGGCGACUACAGGACUUCACCCCCUGGGUUUCGGGACCAGAGGGACAGUUUCAAGAGGGCCGUACACAAAGACAAAAAGAUGGAUGAGGUUAACAAUGAGCUAUUAAUGAAAAUUACUUCAAAGAAAACCCCAGCCCCCAGGAAGAUCCGAGUAGAGCGCUCGACUGGCCCUCAGGUGCCAUUGAACUCUGACUCGGAUCCACAGCAGGUGACAGUGUGGCUCGAUGCUAAAGGUUUCUCAAAACCGACUGUUGAAUGUUUGGGAAUCCUGACGGGAGCUCAGCUGUUUUCCCUGAACAGAGAGGAGCUGAAGUCCGUGUGUGGGGAAGACGGCAACCGUGUCUUCAAUCAGUUGUCAUUGCUGAAAGGACAUUUAGAGAGGUGCCAGGGUGACUCCGAGCUGCAGGAAAUCAUGAGACAGAGGCAGGAGAAGAUUGACUCCACAAGCAGCAACGACUGAACAUGUGGAGCAACAUGACCCCCCCAGCCCCCCACGAGUCUCGUAGCUUUCAAAGUACAGCAGCUUGUUAAAUCACUGAACCUUUUCUUGUGAUCCUCAGUAAAAAGGAAAAAAAAAAAGAUUAACUACAUUCAUUUUUAACUGUAUAUUUAUUUGGUAAGAUGUUAGUUAUUAAGAUGUUUGUUAUUCAUGUGUUUUCAAAUUAUGUUGCAUUCUUUUCGAUUCAUGAAAUGAUUGAAGAAAUGACGUGCAUGUCACAUACAUGUGUAUGAGCAGGGCGGGAUCAGUGUUUGUUCUUAAUAAUACAUUUGUUUACAAAAUGUGUCUGUAGAAACAUCAAAUCUUCAUUGUUGCUUUUUAAAAUCAGUGCCAGGAUGUGUGACAUAUUUUCUGUUGUAUAGCCAAUUAUUUUAAUGUUAAUGCUAACAGGAAAAAUAGGAACAAUUAAAGCAUACUUUGUGUUGCGUAUGGCAGACGUUUGAACCUGUUCGCUAAACAACAAUCGGCAACAUGUAUUAGAAUAAAUAAUCUUGCUUGUUUUGAUGUAAUUUGAUAUUUUGGCAAGCUUAGAAAGAAAUACUUCUUCUUAAAAAGCAUGCACAAGGCCUUUCUCAGUAAUAGUGAGAUAUUUAAUACAGCACACCUAACAUGGGUAAAAACCUUUAAAAUAAAUCAAUCUUUUAUUGCAGAGCAUAUUUUGUCACUGGAAACAUUCCUGCAGCUCUCUAACAAUGAAACCUUUUCCAUUGUCCAUGUACAUGGACAAAGUUGGUGCACGGUGUUAUCUUGUACACAUUGUAGCUUUUUUCUUAUGACCAUAUUGUGACUUAUUAGGCGCAACAUGCAACUUUACUUGGAUGGCAUGCACUCUCAUCUUUCCCAUUUUGAAUGCUGGCUAAGAGAAUUGGGCUUUUGUGUCACUGCAUAUUUUUUGUAUGCCCCAGGGAAACAGGAAGUCCUGAGUUAUUAGUUUAAGGUUCCUAGACAACAAAGAGUGGUUUAAAAAAAACCCAGAACAAUAUGAAAUGGGCCUCUGCAGCCAGGGACAGAAAAUCUUCGACGAAGGAACGUAGUCAAUGUCAUACAUUCUGUUGACAUCAACAAGUCCAGUACCCAAACAUACUCUUCUUUUACACAUUGGCCUAAUGUUAUUAUAAAAUAUCCUGUCUAGGAUCCGACUUUCUGUCUCCAGGCAAGAUUAAUCUCUCUGAUAGCCGACAGACAGGUCACAGUGACUCUGAGAUGUAGAUUACUGAUGACCUCCACAUUAUUGUUUUAGAAAAUCAUCAGCAGAACAUCUCAACACUGGUCAAGUUGAAGUAAAGCAUACAUUUGUAAAAGAAGCCGAUUUUACUCUUGCUUAAAAGAGACAGUUAGAGGGUCCUACUAAUUGUGGUACUGGUGAUUUUGUAAUGUGUGGAUUUUUUCCUCACUGAAUAAAUAAAAUAUAAAUUAAUUGUAA